GUAAACUGACUGAUUACAACUUCAGACUAGUUAAAAAAAAAACAGUCAUAAAAUAAAUACAUAUACACGAAAAUUUAUUUAGAAAGUAAUAUUAUUUUAUUCUUAUUUCUGAUUACUAAACCAUGCAGAACAUGAGAUACACUUUAAUAGCAUUAGUUUUUGUGACGAGUACGUCUAAUAUUUGUAACUCCUCUCUAUUUGAUAGCGAAUCAUGUUAUUCAUUCGGGAGCGGCAAUGUUUUUCCCGGCGGCGCAAGAAAAAUUGAUCAUAAAUUACAAUUUACAAAGGCGAUGAUAUCAAAACCGGCACCGGAGUGGGCAGCAACUGCUGUCAUAGAUGGUGAAAUUAAACAACUUUCUUUGUCAAGUUUCAAAGGAAAAUAUUUGGUUUUCUUCUUUUACCCCUUAGAUUUCACCUUUGUAUGCCCAACAGAAAUAUUAGCAUUUUCUGAGAGGAUUGAAGAGUUCAAAAAGAUUAAUACACAUGUGGUAGCUUGUUCUGUUGACUCACAUUUUACCCAUUUAGCAUGGAUUAAUACUCCACGUAAAGAAGGAGGUCUUGGAAAAAUUAAUAUUCCACUCCUAAGUGAUUUAACUCAUUCAAUUGCAAAAGAUUAUGGGGUGUAUUUAGAAGAUCUGGGACACACCUUAAGAGGAUUAUUUAUUAUUGAUGACAAGGGUAUUUUAAGGCAAAUCACUAUGAAUGAUUUACCAGUUGGCAGAUCCGUUGAUGAAACUCUUAGAUUAGUCCAAGCAUUUCAAUACACUGAUAAGCAUGGAGAAGUGUGUCCAGCUGGUUGGAAGCCAGGUCAAGAUACUAUAAUACCAAAUCCGGAUGAGAAGAAAAAAUAUUUUGAAAAAAUAUCAAAUAAUUAAAUUGUAAGCAAAAUGAUACCUGUUUGCUGUUUAUGGUUAAUACAGAUGUUUGUAAACUAAGUGAUAAGAGCAAAAUAACAUCACUCAAUUAGCAUUUAAGUGGAAAAUGAGUGUUAUCAAUUGCAAAUAGAAAGUAAUAGAAGUUUGGUGAAUGAUUUAAAAAAUUAUAUAAGCCAGUAUUUCAUAUUAUAUUAACAUUGUAAUAAAUAUUGGUUACAAUUUAAAUGAUGUAAUACAUUUUAAUAACCACAUAAAAAAUUAAUAAACCUAAAAGACAUUUUUUAAGACUGAUAAAUAUACUUCAUUAUACACAUUAUGCUGUAAUUAUUUUGAUUAAAAAUAUAUUUUUUAUUUUGUGUAA